GUUUAGUCGUUUAGAUCUAGCAACCAAUGUGAAAUCGCAAGCUUACACUCGUCAGCAAAUGUUUUGCAUUGUUUUGUGUAUACGUGCUACUGUUUAUAGAUUGUGUAUCAAGUCCACUAGAUACUACGGUCGUCGGGUAUCGAAGACUUGGUUAACGCUGUGCACAAAGGGCUGAUUGCCAGUAGUACCAUGAUUAUGGUACCACGUAGUCUUGGUGAUCUGAAUCAACCAAAUUAAACAGCCCGAUCGAGAUUGCCCGCAAGCAGCAGCCUAUCAACCGUUGGCAGCUCUGCAACACUCCUCGGUACCAUCGCUACUACCGAAGCACAAAGUUUCUCCUUCAGCGGCGGUACCAGGCCGCGAAUGGUAGGGGCAGCAGCUACAAGGCGCUGUUUCGAAGCCGUACCGUGCAGUCGGUCCAGCGACCGGUGUGAAACAGUCAGUCAGUCUUCAAAGCAGCGAACACAUCAUCAAGUAACCAGGCAGAGCAGUACCAGUGAAAGUAUGGAGAAGGAACUACAGCCAGAAUCAAUGGCCACCGUAACUAUCAAGCCGGAGUACCCACCCUCCGAAGUGUAUGGAUCUGAACCGCCACCGGCCUACCACAAACCCCACAGCGCAGCGGUCCAGAUCACCAAGAUAGCAGCGGUGACAGUGGUGCUAUGCUCAGUCGUCCUGGGGUGCUUCCUGUUAGCCUCUGCAUACGUCACAGCUAAUGCUUCCUGCAGGCAGUUGGAACAGGAAUUGGAACUCCUCAGUGAGGCGGCAGAUAGGUUCCAGUCCCCGCCUCAACCCGAAGCUUUGGUGCAGGAUGAACCCUCCCACGCCAAACGCCACACCGACCCUCUUACCGCUGAAGAGACCCAACACAAGACGGCCAAAGAAAUAGAAACCAACAACAUCGACAAUGACGACAAACCGGAUUCUUCAGAGUCUUCAGACUCCAGCGAUUCUGAAGAAGACAAGACUCCCAUCCAACUCAAGCUGCCUCUGCAGCUAGACUUGGAUGAGCUAACUCAAGCAUUCUUGGAGAAAAACCAACGCUCUAAAAUGAACUGCAUCGUGGAAAAGAAGAAGGCUGAGGAGCUAGUUGAUCAUCAGCCUAAGACCAUCAGGUUGCCAUUUGGUGUUAACUUAACCACUGACCCACGGCUGGAGAGACUCAGUGGUGAGAGAAUGGUCAUCAUUUGCGAGAGUGGGACUAUGCAAAGAGCUCAGCCCAUGCCAUCUCAACCACAAGAAGAACAAUCCGAUUCAUCAGAUGACCAGGAAGAAGAUACAAUCAUGAUCCAGCCUGUGAUGAUUCCAAUCCCAGCUACUUCAUACCAAACUCAUAUGCCCCAGAGGAUGGUACCACCACCAAUGGUACAAAGAGCACCCAUGAGGGGUCCCGUCGUUCAUCCUAUGGAAGCCAUGAGGCCACCCAUGCCCCCAGUCAUCCAAGCUUCCAUCCAGAUGCAAGAGCAGCCUCAAGCUCAACAACAACCCGAAUUCCCACCAAAUCCAAUCCUCCACCACAUCGUUCAACAGAUCAUUGCCCAGAAGAUCAUGGAGAGCCAACGUGCCAGAGAAGAGCAAAUGAGACAGCAACAGAUGCAACAAAUGGAGAUGCAGAGAGCACAAGAGAUUCAGAGAGCCCAGAUGAUCCACAGACAGAUUCAAGAGCAGCAAAUGCGCGAACAGGCUCAACAAGAACAGAUGGAACAGAUGGAACAAGAACAGAGGAUUCCUCACAGGUUUGACAUUCCACCACAGGCUCAAGUUGUUCAGAGGAUACCCAUUCCUGAGGAAGUGCUAACCCAGCUUAACAGGCUUCCAAACCGUGACGUCAUCGUCGCAGUGUCUUCAGCUGAAGGAAGCAGCUCUGUUGAACAGGAACCUCAACAAACUCAACAACCUCAACAGCAGCAAACUCAGCCUCAGCCUGAACAAGAGACUGUACAACCACCUCAACAGUUUCAGGUCCAACAAGAGAUCCGCUUUGUCCAGGAGCCUCGCCAGAGCGCUGUCGAGAUGAACGGAAGACAAGCCUACGCAAGGGCCAUGCCUGUGGAUAUCCCUGUUGCCAUGAUGCCCCAAGAGCAGCAGGAACCACAACAAGACCAACAGGAACAGCAGUCUGAGCAGACUGUUGCCAUCGUACCUGAUUCUGAAGAGGCCAGACCACACUACGUCCAUCCCAGAUCUGUCUAAGAAGCCUAAAAUCUGAGCCGUCGACAGGCUCUGUUAAGCUGCUUUCUUCCACCAAGCGGCGCACCACUACUAUAGCACACCACCAACAUCAAUACGUACAUGUGGGGAUAACUUUUAUUCUUUCCAUUUUUAUGUUUUAUUAAUGUAAAUAAAUACUGGUAUGUGUUGAAAUUCAGAAACUUUCUGUUGUAAAUCUUAAUAUACAUACAUAUUAAAAUAAUUUAGGAGUUUAGUUUGUAACUGACGUGUAAAUAGCUGUUAAAAAGAAAUCAUGUCUUUUGUGUCUUUUUUCCGGCUUUUUGUGAUUCAGAUUGUAUAAAAUCCUGAAAAUAAACAAAAUUUAUUUUUUGUACACUUUUCAAUUGUAUCUAAGAAUCUCACCUGUACCAUAAUAAACGAAUGGAUUAAUUCUCCCCAGAC